UCUGAGAGCCAUAAGGAAGAGUAUAAAGUUUAUUCUGUAAAAGCAGUUUUUAUUAUUCAAGAAGCUUUAAUAUUGUAACACAAUCUAAUAAUUAACUAAAAACGUGUAUAAAUAGGUCGCUUUUCACAGGCCUUCAACAGUGUUCCUGAAGAAGACGCACAUAUAUCAAAGAAGAAUGGCGUUUCCAUCAGUGAUGCUUCUCAUGUGUCUGGCUGUUGGGCUGUCCACCUGCCGGGCAGAAGGUGAGGACAAUCAGAUUCAGGUCCCUGAGACCACAGGGGACGAGCAGGAGAAUCCCCUGACAGAGACGGUCGCAGAGGACACAGAAACCCCCGAUCAAGAUCUUCAGACAGUCACAGUCGAGCCAUCCAACUCGGGAUCCCCAGAGAAAGCAUGUGAGCCAAACUUCUACCUGGUAAUGAAGGAGCUUGGAGUUCUGCAAGAGAGGCAGAAAGCCACUGCGAGGGCCCUGGACGAAACCAACAGGAAGCUGGAAGCCAGCGAGAAGAAGAUCGCCGACCUUAACAGCACUCUGACAGAGAUGAGAACUUACGAAGAACAACGCCAGGUUGCAUUUUCUGCGGCGAUGCCAACAACAGACAUUACAGGUCCCGUGAAUGUUCUUUACUCUCUGGUAUACAAACACGUUCUGUCCAACAUCGGAGGCCAUUACAGCCCAGUGACAGGAUACUUUACGGCACCAGUGAGAGGAAUUUAUUACUUUUCUUUUUCUUCAUUUUGUUGGGGGGGUGAUGGAACAUCUGGAGGAAGUCUUUACCGAAACGAAAACCAAGUUGUGUCAUGGUACGGUUACAGUAAAAAUCACCCCAUUUCUGGCUCUAACAGCGCCAUCUUGCUGCUGCAAGUAGGAGACAUGGUCAACGUCCGCCUCUGGGACAAGAGUAAAAUAAGUGAUAAUGGAAACAAGUACUCCACAUUCAGUGGAUUUUUACUGUCACCAAUGUAAACAUUUAGA